UAACUGAAGUCGAAAUGACUCUGGCCUUGCGUGCCAUUAAUUCACAGUGAAAACAGAGAGUUGUGUACCUCUAGAUUCGACAAACGGCACGAUUGUCUAAAUAUCUCCGUUCGUCGGACUGAUUCGCCUCUGCAAUUAAGCACCGCGAGGUCGUUCUCUACUUCUCUUACUCACUCGAUUCGACUGACCAAUGCGGCGUUCUCGUUUUAUUGUCCAAGUUUUCUCCGACGCUGCCUUCGUUGACGUUUCCACUAUCUCUGCUCCAAUCUUCGCCAUGUCUACUCGUGCUCCGUACAGAGGAGGCCGAGGACGAGGACGAGGCCGAGGUGGGAGGAGUUUCUCCGAUCGUCCGUACAACAAUGACUCGGGAAGAGACCAGUUCGUUACUGGAGACUCACAUUUUCAGUCAGUUCAUGACGCCAAUCUCCGAUUCCGGCAUGGUGAACCUUAUCGACAACAUCAGCCUCCGCUAGCUCAGCGGCAGCAACCGCCGUUCAAUCAAAAUUACGGAAUUCGGCCUCCGCCGCCGUCUCGAGGUCAGUGGCAACAAUUUCGUCAACCUAAUCAUUUGCCAUCCAAUCAAAACUAUGCGGCAUGCCCUCCCCCUUCUUUCUAUCAAAACCAGAUGUCUCGGCCGCCUCCGCAGCGGAGCUUCCGUCAACGGCCACGGUCAAAACCUUCAGAUUACCGUGAAUGGGAAUAUGCCAAACCGCCACUGCCUCCUGGCUCCGAAAAGUUUGUUGUUCUAUCGUAUAAUAUCUUGGCGGAUUACCUUGCAAAUGAUCAUUGGAGAAGUCUUUACUUUCACAUUCCGAGGAAUAUGUUGAGUUGGGGAUGGAGAAAGAGAAAAUUAGUGUUCGAGCUUGGCCUAUGGUCUGCAGAUAUAAUGUGCCUUCAGGAAGUUGAUAAAUUUCAGGACUUAGAGGAGGAGAUGAAGCAUCGGGGAUAUUGUGGCAUUUGGAAGAUGCGGACUGGUAAUGCUGUUGACGGCUGUGCAAUAUUUUGGCGAUCAAAUAGAUUCAAGUUGGUACACGAGGAAAGCAUCCAAUUCAAUCAACUUGGUCUUCGGGAUAAUGUUGCUCAAAUUUGUGUGCUUGAGACACUGGUGAUCUCACGAACAAAAGAAAAUGAGACCCCUCCACCUGAAAGCUCUGCUGGUUCCCACCGAGUUGUCAUUUGUAACAUUCACGUGCUUUUUAAUCCUAAAAGAGGAGACUUUAAACUUGGUCAGGUAAGGACACUCUUGGAUAAAGCUCAUGCUGUUUCAAAACUAUGGGAUGAUGCACCUAUUGUUCUUUGUGGGGAUUUCAAUUGUACACCUAAGAGUCAUUUGUACAACUUUAUUUCAGACCGGAAGUUGGAUUUGUCUGGUUUGGCCAGAGACAAAGUUUCAGGGCAAGUUUCUGCUGAGUUUCGUCCACCAAGGCCAGAAAAUUAUACGACGAGGUUUCAGUCUGCCAAUGAAUCUCCACAAGGUCAAGUUCAACUACCAGAUUCAAUCACAAAUGCUCAUUUGGAGAAUAACUAUAACAUAGAUGUUGGAAAGGCCCCCUCCGAAAAGACAUCUGAGCUUCCUUGUGGUGAUACAAUUCUUGCUGGUCACGAAGCCACCACAGAUUGUAAUUUUGGAAUAGAAAACAGAAAACCUGAUGACUCUGGAAAUCUCUCGAUAGCGGAAGAUCUUUCUACUGUAACCAUAUUAGAUACAGAACCUCAACAUGCUUCCAGUGCUAGAGAAGAUUUGAAUACAGAUCAUUCUCCUGAGGAAAUAUGUUCCAGUGAUCAAGAUAUUUCAUCUAGUCUCUCCACCAAGGUUGACACUACUAUGGCUGAGAUGAAAUUAGAUGGCUUAACAUUGGACGAACCAGUAGUAUUCGCGCAAGAUGAAGAAGCUUUAGGUGAAGAUAGUGAAACUUUCUUGGCUAAGCUACACAAUAAUGAAGUCUUGAGUCAAAAAGGGGAACUUGUGAAUGAACUUCCAUUUAAAUCAGGGUUUGAAGCUUUUAAUAGUGAAAAAAUCACUUAUAGUCCAUCCUCUUGGACUCCAAUGGAGAUAGCAACUGCAACAGGUGACCCAGAGAGAACGAUGGUUGAACACGCUCUGGAGCUUAAGAGCACUUACUCAGAAGUGGAGGGUCAAGCAAACACAAGGGAUGAAAACGGAGAGCCUGUAGUGACCAGUUAUCACAGAUUAUUCAUGGGGACAGUUGAUUACAUAUGGCGGUCGGAAGGUCUUCAAACAGUGCGUGUGCUUGCUCCAAUACCAAAAGAAGCAAUGCAGUGGACACCAGGCUUCCCGACUCCAAAAUGGGGAAGCGAUCACAUUGCACUGGUUUCAGAGUUGGCCUUCUGCAGCAGCAAAACUCUGCCCAAAAGCUGAUAUUUAACAGGUGGGUGACUUCAUUAGAAAUCUAAGAAAGUUUAUAAAGAAUCUCAUAGGCUCCGGUUUUGUUAUUCUCUCUAUCAUAGUUUACAGUGACAGAUUCUAUUUGAGUUUGUUUUUUUAGCGACUCUUGAUUUCAGAAAACCUGUUUUAAAACUUAAAAGUAUGCUUCUUGAUUUUAAAUAAGUCUUCAAUUGUUCACCCCCAA